AAAUUUAAUAUAAAUACUGAAAAAAUUCAAUUUAUAAAUACAUCAAUUCAUAAAAAUAACAAUAAGCCCGCGUAAAAUUCAAAUACCAACUUAACAAAAAAAAACUCAAUCUUUUUGUUUAUUUCCAACAAAAAAUGGGCUGGCAAAUUUCCACGUGUCUACGACGAAUUGCAAUGAGUGCUAUUAAAAAACCAGAGGUGAUAUUCGUACUCGGCGGUCCAGGAGCUGGCAAAGGUACGACAUGUCACAACAUUGUCAAAAAAACCGGGUACGUCCAUUUGUCUGCCGGUGAUCUCCUGAGAGAAGAACGAGCCAAGCCGGGUUCGGAGUUUGGUGACAUCAUUGAAACUCAUAUUCGCAAUGGCACCAUUGUUCCGGUGGAAAUAACAUGCAGUUUGCUGGAUCGCGCUAUGCAGUCAUCACCGAAUCCUCACAAGCGAUUUCUCAUCGAUGGGUUCCCACGUAACCAAGAUAAUUUGGAUGGUUGGACCAAGGUGAUGACUGAUAAAGCGAUCGUUAAAGCUGUACUUUAUCUCGAAUGCAGUAAGGAAGUAUGUACAGAACGUUGUAUUAAUCGAGGACUUAAAGGUAGUGGCAGAAGUGAUGACAAUCCAGAAUCUUUGAUAAAGAGACAUGAAACUUUUAUCAAUGAUACUAUGCCUAUAAUUAAGUACUACGAAGAACGUGGAUUACUUUAUAAGUUCAAUUCAAUGAAACCACCAAAGGCUGUCAUGCAGGAUGUCUAUGAAAAGUUAGAGGAAAUUGGCUGGAUUUCCAAAGACUAGGCAGUAAAAAAAAAAUGAUAAUGAAAACAAGUAUUUGGGCAUUUAGAUUAUAGACCACUUUCAUUUUUAAUGAUUAAAAAAAAUAUUUCUAGGAUUUUUCUUUCACUUUUAGUAUUAAUUUAAAAUAGACAAUUUUUUUUUAUGUUUCUUUAAUUGAAUUUUGAAAAAUAUACAAAAGUUUAAGUACUGGGGGUAACAUUCCUUACAACCAAUUUGAAAUUUCUCUUUAAUUGAAGAGCAUAUACUUUUUAUAUAUGAUGUAUUCGGAUCAUCUGCUCCGCCUUCUAUAUACCCGGGAAAAUUCAAAUUCGUAAUUAAAUUAGUAGACAAAAAGUUGAUAACCAAUAGAAAUAAUGUGUGGAUUAUCAAGUGUACUGAUUGAAGUGAAAUUUGAGCGAACAGAUUUUAGUAUUUCGAUUAUCGAUAAUCUUUGUACAUAGUAUCAAUAUAAAUAAAAGUAAAAUCGAUCAUUAAUUAAUAAAAAUAUAAAUGAAAAUCGAUUUCUAUCUGCAGUAAAUGUGCGUAUGUAAAAUCUGUGUGCGUGCGCAUGAUAGAAUUGUUUUUUAUUUAUGUUUCUUAUUAAUUAAUUUGAUUUUUUAAAUUAUUUAUAUUAAUACUAUUUAUGAUAAAUAUUCAUAAUCGUUACAUUUAAAUUUGUUCACUUGAAUGUCAUAUUAAUCAGGACACUUGAUAAUUCAUACAUUUUUUUUAAUUGAUUAUUCGCCUUUUUUAUCAACAAUUUAUACAAAUUAAAAUUUUCCCGGGUAUCUGGUGGUCGUCAGUGGCGGGUCUGAACACACUAAUAAAUAUGAAUAAUAAUAACACGUACAUACAUAUAUAAAUAAAAAUAUGUAACGCGGUACUCAGAAAUAAAUCAUUGCUGUUUAGUUAAUCAUGUUAAUUUACGGGGAUGGUAAAUCUGCGUAAUGAUAAUUGUAUUAUUAAUAGUUUAAAAAAAUACUCUGACGAAAUAUAUGAAAAUGUAUAAUAAAUAUAAAUUUCAUAAUUAAUAAAUUAUACAUUAUUUUUC